AUGACGCCUUUCAAGAGCGCCGCGCAGGAGCUGCAAGUGGCGGCACUGGCGCUGGCGGAGUCACGCGGGCUGCAGCUUGAUGCGCUGCCAUGUCGCAGUGACGCCCUGCUGCUCCUUGCGGCCGCGGCACUCAAAUGCGUUGAGGCAGAGGCGACGAGCUCGUCCCCCGACGUUUUCGCCGCCGCACGGGAGGCGCGGCGUCUGCUGCGGCCGCAUCUUCCCCGCCUGCAGCAGCCGGCUGUGGUGGAGGCGACGGGGGAACGUGCCGGCAGCAAGCGCGGGCGAGUCACGGCGGCCCCUGGCGACACGGAGGCGGGCGGCGGGGAUCUUGGACAGUACUCCAACACACAUGCGUUUGACGGUGACACGAAGCGGCGCGCCAAGUUCACCCGCCUCAUGGGCGGCCGAAGGGGCGAGGAGUCGCACCACAAUACUUUUGCCGCCGACGACAGCACCCUCAAGCGCAUCAACGACGACCUCGAGGAACAGUUCAACACGGCGCUUUCCCGGCACGGCAAAAAAGGACUUGGCGCGUAG